AUGGAAGAGAUAAGAGGGAGUAAAAUAAUCAUGUUCCCUUUACCAUUUACUGGACACUUGAACCCUAUGAUCGAGCUUGCCGGAAUAUUCCACCACCGUGGCUUCUCCGUCACGAUCCUCCACACUUCUUUCAACUCUCCCGAUCCUUCUCGCCACCCACACUUCACGUUUCGAACCAUCCAUCACAACAAAGAAGGAGAAGAAGACCAAGACCCUCUGUCUAAACGAGAGGUUUCGGCUAUGGACCUCUUCGCUCUCCUUAGUGUACUAAAACAAAGUUAUGACGAGCCGUUUCGUCAGUCUCUUGCGGCGGAAGUAAGCGGAGGAGAGACGGUGUGUUGUUUGGUCUCCGACGCUAUUUGGGGGACGAACAUGCAGGCUGCGGCGGAAGAGGUUGGAGUUCCAAGACUGGUGUUGAGGACUACUGGUGCGGCGUCGUUUUAUGCUUUUGCUUCUCUCCCUCUACUUAGAGCUAAAGAUUACCUUCCUAUACAAGAUUCUAGAUUAGAUGAUCCGGUGAUAGAACUUCCACCUUUGAAAGUGAAGGAUCUUCCGACAAUAGUAACAAAAGACCCAGAGGAACUAUACAGAAUAGUUAAAGACAUGAUGGAAGGAGCCAAGUCUUCUUCUGGAGUCAUAUGGAACACAUUCGAAGAUCUUGAAAGACUCGAACUCAUGAAUUUGAGUCGCAACUUCCAAGUUCCGUUCUUCUCAAUCGGACCACUUCACAAACAUAGUGAAGAUCUUCUAUCAACCAAAACUAACAAAGAAGACUAUGCAGUAACCAGUUGGCUCGACAAGCAAGACGCAAAGUCAGUGGUCUAUGUGAGUUUUGGUAGCGUUGCAGCUAUGAAAGAGAAGGAGUUUCUCGAGAUUGCUUGGGGUCUAAGAAACAGCAAACAGCCGUUUUUGUGGGUGGUUAGGCAUGGGUUGGUCCCAGGGGUCGACUUGCUCGAGUCAUUGCCUUGUGGGUUUAUGGAAAGCAUUGGAAAUAAGGGAAAAAUUGUUAAAUGGGCUAAUCAAUUAGAGGUAUUGGCACAUCCCGCGGUUGGAAUGUUUUGGACUCAUUGUGGAUGGAAUUCGACGCUAGAGAGCAUCUGUGAUGGUGUUCCAACGAUAUGUACACCAUUUCAAACGGACCAGCGUGUGAACGCCAGGUACAUUGUCGAGGUAUGGCGAGUCGGGAUAAUGUUGGAACGAAGUAAGAUGGAUAAGAGAGAGAUUGAGCAGGUAGUAAGCAGUGCAAUGAUAGAUAAGGGAGAUGGAUGGAGAGAGAGGUGCAUGGCUUUGAAAGAGAGGGCUGAUAUUUGCUUAGGCAAAGAUGGAUCUUCGUCCAACAAUUUAGACAAACUUGUGACUCAUGUCUUGUCUUUUGAUUCAUAUGCUUUUGCAAGUUAG